AAGCCACUAAUUACACAGACGAGGAAGAAGAAGAGCAGCUGAUAGCUACCUGAGUUAUAUUUAAACCGAUGAGCGACAGUUGCGUUGCGUUUUAUAGAUGAUAACGAAUUGAAAAAAAGACGCAUUUUAACAAACUGAUGUUUCGGAUUCAGGCGGUUUCAUCCCUCUCCUCACUGAGUGGGUAACCACAAAGAAAGGAAGCAAUGAACUUCCAGGGUAGUCGGAGGCGAGGAGAGGAUGGGAUUGCCAUGGUGAUUGACUUCCUGCUGUCCAAUGCUCGGCUGGUUCUGGGAAUUGGUGGAGCUGCCAUGCUGGGAAUCGCUACACUGGCAGUGAAACGGCUGAUAGAGCGCGCAGGCCGCGCUGCCGAUGAUGAGAAGGUUGAGCAGAAGAUGGCUGAGAGCUGGGAGGAGCUGAGCUUGGUCUCGGCUUCACCCGAGAUGAUCAGGAAGGGCAUCGAGGGCGUGGUGAUGAAACAUGUUGCCAAGGCAGCGAGACAACAGAAAGACGACCUGAACCAGCAGCCUCAGAUGUCCAAACCUGAGUCGAAGUCCAAGAGGCUCCAGCUGUGUGUCCUCACUCUGCAGGAGCGUCUGCAGCAGUACUAUCACGCGAGGGCAGCACUCACUCCACAUGAGGUCCAGAGAGCUCAGUCUCUGGCUCUGGACAUCUGCACGGAGAUCCAGGGCUUCCUGCACAGCCGUCACCCCGACAUGCCGCUGGGAGAAAUGAGUCUCGGAGGUUCUCUGCUGGACGACCUUCAGGUGGUCACCGCAGACCAUGCGUGUCUGCUGGUGCCUCUGCAGCUGGAAGCUUCUCUGUGGCGGCUCAUCCCGGGGGAGGAAACUCUGCUCACACACCCUCUGCACUGGAUGGUCCGCCGGGUUAAUCUAGAAUAUUUCCCCAGAGGACGGAGCUACUGGGACAGGCACCUGGUGGGUGGUUACCUGUCUGCAGAAGCUGUUGGGAACAUGUUGAGUAAAGCUGUCCUGGAAACUAUAAACUGGCCGUCAAUCAGCAGCGUGAUGUACUGUCUCAUCAGACCAGUACCGGGAGGACCGGACCCGAGGCUGGAGAUCCGGCUUCGUGAUGAAGAGGGAGUAGAGACCAGUGAUCCACCCUUGUUCAUCUCCAUGUUGCCUCUGCUGAGGCAGGAGGACGUUGUCCUGACUGCCCAGCCCGAGCUCACCUCUCCCUGGGUCAACGCCUGGCACCUGUCGCUCUACCCGUGGGAAACUCUGCGUCUGGCACAACUUGACGCCGCUGACGACGGACGCCGCAGACACACACUUAAAAUCCUGAAGGCGGUGUGCAGACUGAACCCGGCCCUGCGACCGCUCCACGCUGCCCCGCUGGCCAAUCUCAUCCUGCACCUCAGUGACGGUGAAAGCGACUGGAGCGAAUCCAGCCUGCAUGUGAGAUUCCAGCAGUGCAUCACAGAGCUGAUUGGCUACCUCGAGCAAGGGGCGUUACACAGCUACUUCAAACCAGCUGUCAAUCUGCUGAGCGGCUUGUCAGAGGACCAGGUGGACCAGAUGGGCUUCAUGCUCUACUGCGCCGUGUCAGAGCCGGAAAUACUGCUCAUAUGACUGAGCUGCACACACAACACUUUACGUGACACGCAGAGGUCGGAAGUUAAUCUUUCAUCAUCCUUGACGUUUGGUUCAAGGCAAAGACAUUUUAUUCCCACUGCGAUCUCGGCUUGUGGAGCUGCCUCAUCUGGUGUUAAUGGAAGGGAAGAGGGAACAGUUGCAAUAAGAAAAUGGCAGGUACCAUGGACUGACCGGACGAGAGGCAAUAAGGAGGCUGCAGAUGUGAAAGUGUUAAUCAAGGAAAGGAGAAGUGCCAAGGAAAGGAGCUGUGGAAGUGUUUAUCAAAUGUUACCAGAAUGGUCUCAGUAGAACUCACACCUCCGCCAAGGCCCAACACUCACCUUAGAUUUAAUCCAGCCACACACAUUCAUUCAUAAACCUCAGUCAGAUGUGGUAUUAACAUCCGUCCUGAGUGAUCCAAUCACAAGUGGUCAGCGGUGAUCUGUGUGGCUUCAUUCUUUUCACCGUGUGAACACAAUGAACCGAACGUAUUUUGACACUCCUCAGUGUCCAUGCAUUGAUUUGUUUGUAGCCACAGUAUCAACACUGAUCACCACAAAAUACAUUUCCUUAAAUUGGUCAAAUCUGUCUUUAAAGGUCCAGUGUGUAAGAUUUAGGUGAAUCCGCCAUGUUUU